AUGAAGUUCUCCCAAGCCACUGUUUUAGCUUUUAUCGCCGGCGCCUCUUACGUCACUGAGGCCAUUCCUAUGGCCAAGAAUGUCUACCACGGCCACAAGCACGCGAAGAGAGCCAUUGCGUAUGACUACGUCUACGUCACUGUCACUGUCGAUGCUGCUGGACAUACUGUCACCUCAGCUCAGACUGUGCAGACCUCCAUCGCUACUCCAAGCGCCGCUUCUACUACCACCAUACUCAACAAGGGUGCUGUUGUGACAUCCUCCUCUUCGGCUGUGCAAGCUGUUGUUGCCUCCUCCAGUCCAGUCACCCCUGCUACGCAAUCCACCGCUGUUGCGCAAUCCACCGCUGCUGCGCAAUCCACCGCUGCUGCCCAGUCUUCUUCUGCCGGUUCUAGCUCCAACGGUAUCUCCGGUGACUUGUCCUGGUACGAAAACCCAUCCGUUGCCUUCGAAGAUGGUGUUUACUCUUGUUCCUCUUUCCCAUCCGGUCAGGGUGUGAUUGCUUUGGACCACUUGGGUUUCGGCGGUUACUCUGGUAUUUACAACACCGACACCUCCACUGGCGGUUCCUGUAAGGAAGGUUCUUAUUGUUCUUAUGCCUGCCAGCCUGGUAUGUCCAAGACUCAAUGGCCAAGCAACCAACCAGGCAAUGGUGUCUCAGUUGGUGGUUUGUUGUGUAAGAACGGUCUCUUGUACAAGACCAACCUGGACUCCGACUACUUGUGUGAAUGGGGUGUUGACGUUGCUUAUGCCGUUAACAAGAUGUCUUCUAACGUCGCUAUUUGCAGAACCGACUACCCAGGUACCGAGAACAUGGUUAUCCCAACCAACGUUGAAGGCGGCUCUAAGUUGCCAUUGACCACCGUCAACCAAGAAACCUACUAUACCUGGAGAGGUGGUAAGACCUCUGCCCAGUACUACGUUAACAACGCCGGUAUCUCUUGGGAGGAUGGCUGUGUCUGGGGUGAUUAUGGCACUACUAUUGGUAACUGGGCCCCAUUGGUUAUGGGUGCCGGUUCUGACAACGGUAUCGCUUACUUAUCCUUGAUCAUGAACCCAAACAACGUUGAACCUGCCAACUUCCAGGUUGAAAUCAUCGCCCUCGACGACUCUUCCACUGUCACCGGACAAUGUGUCUACGCCAAUGGUAAGUUUAACGGCGACGGUACUGACGGUUGUACCGUCGGUGUUACCUCUGGUAAGGCCCAAUUUGUCUUCUCCUCCCUCUAG